AUGGACGCCAAAACGUUUCUGCUCCACAAUAUAAUCGAGGUGAGUGGAGGGGGAGUGGGCGGCCGUCAUCUACAGUAAUCCUUUGAGACUGUUGGAAGACGAUCGCUCGCUUCGGUCGAGUUCAAGUGCGGCGACUGCGUGGGACCGUACGCGCUCUCGAAUAAUGACGGAGGAGUCCGGGUUACGGUAGGUCUCCCUGCAACUGGGUACUGUAGUUGGUACAUUCAGCUGUCCAACUUUACCGGUGAGCCUGUAACUCUCGAGUUCGAAGCGAAUUCAGUGGUCAGCAGGAUCCAAUUCACUCCAAGCCCCCUCUUUGCCAAUUCCGUCGUUCUUCAGACAAGUACUUAAAGUCUUCUUUCUCAUCGGAAUCUUCGAAUGUUUAUCCUUUUUCAGGCGCUUUCGUUCAGAUUCUUUUCACGAAAGACGUGCUGAAGAAUGAGCCGUUGCGAGCGAUUCUUGUGGCAGAUAUGAACUACCAACUGGAGAACGAAAAGGGGGAAAAAGGGAAAAGUGAGCACAGAAAUAUCGGAUGUGCCCAUUGAAAACGAGUUUUCAGAGUUUGAAUGUUCAAAGUGUCACAUGGCGAAAUUCAAUUCGAUGCAGAAUUUGAAAAUUCACGAAGAACAGUAUUGUGCUCACAAAGAGAAGGCUCCGGAGCCGCAGAACCUGAUUCUUCUGCCAUUGGCAUUUCACGACAUGCCCCAACAGAAUGCAGUUCAGGCGAGGAAUCACGGGAGCAGCUCACUUCAAUCGGGUCCCUUUCAGGUCGUGGGACCAGUGCAUUCUCUCGUUCCGGUGGCCGUCGGGAGACAGACAACUCUUGUGAAUACGAACCCGGUUUUCGUUCACAACAACUCAAAUUUGGAGAUUCCGAGCAGUCUGAGCGUGUCCCAUCCGACGCUUUCGAUCAAAAUUCCCGUGAUCGAUCUGGAUGAGAAGUGCUCUCUCGCUCUCUCUCCGUCCCGUUCCCUCAUUCCGUGCAUUUCCAGAGUGGCGUCCACCCCUCUCGACCUGUCUUCUUCGUCCCGCGCCGCCAGCAUUCCUUCCCUUUCCGCCAGCUGUUCUCCCACUUCCAAGAGCUCCAGCAGUGAGCCGUUUUCGCCCGAGAAGCCCUUCUCCUGCUCGUGCGGCGUCUCUUUCUCCAGUCAGAACACGUUUGACGCCCACAAACAGUUCUAUUGUCAGCACACUCAACCGGCUCUCUCGGCGGGAGCUUCUCGAACCGACGCUUCUCGAAAGGUGCGUCCCAUUUAUCGCCGCUCCGAAUUUCUCUUUCCCCUUCCCCGAUUGCAAUCUUGAAUUAUGGCCGGAGGGCGGGUGGCUCUCGAGCAAAAGAGAAGGACUCCGCGUGAUUUGUAGGUACCGGAAAAGUGCGGCAAAUGCGAUUUCGUGCCCGUCUCGACCUCCCAACUGGCGAUGCACACUCGUACCGCCCAUCAGACGACGAAGACAUUCACCUGUUUGGUGUGCGGAUACAGGGCUUUCAGUAUGCGAGGAGUGCGCACGCAUAUGAGGUGAGAGAAGGAAUGGAAACGGCCGAAGUAGUUGAAUAAUUGUUGCAGGUCCCACCCGAGUGAAGAUGCUCAGAGAUUCAAAGUGAACGAGCCGGAUGCGUGA